CCACUUCGAACCCUCACCGCAAAAGAACUCACCCUCUGCACUAGACUCGACCUACGCACCCCAGUGUCGCUGCACCAUGAUGCUAGGUAUCUCUUUUGGCGAUAGCUCCAACAAUGGCUGAGCUGAAGAUCGUAGAGGGGCUUACCCAACAAGCUCUCCAAUCACAUUACCCUUCAAAGUGAGUACGAUUCCCCCAACGUCCUCAGCGGGGGCAGCAGCAGCAGCAGCAUGUGCAUGCUGCUCGAUGGGCGCAUUCACACGCCAAAGUUCUCAAUGCGCACGCGGCACCAGAUGGAAGGGCGUUGAUGAUCACAGAUUACCACUGCCGAUCUAGACGCAUGAGCAGAGCCCCAAAUGCGACGGGGCUUCAAAUUAUAUUACCUGAAUCACCUGAGCCUUUCUAUCUAGUUGCGCGUUGCCAGUGCGCACCGUCCUUCGCACGCGGUGAGAACAAGCGCUGACCGUUGCACACCCAUGUUGACACUCGCAGUAUAAUGGACAAUGGCGAUGGACUUCAGGAUGAGCGUCACCUGUGGACGUGCUCUUGACUUGCCUUGUCAAUCCGUUUGCGUGCCAUCCCGGGGUGAGUGUGGAAGCUUCGCAGUCGUAUCAGCUGGGUCAAGUUGCGGGCGCAGCAGAUGAGCAAUGAGGAGAAGGAUGGAGGAUGACGAACAAGCUUAAACAAUCAACAAACUAGAGUCGCAGGCCUUUUGGUUCCUGAGAACAGCGCUUUCUGAAUCCUUCUCCUCUCUGUCCCUACGGAUCUGGUCACUGCUAAGCAGAUCCUCUCGUGAUUGAUGCAUACUAUGGAAGCGACGAAUGUAUGCUGAUUCUACUCGUCUUGCCUCCAUCAAAGGGCAUUGCUUUACAGGCGCUCGCUAGCAAGCGCCCCGUCGGCCAUCGCAGGCAAUGCUGCCAUUCGCGUAAGUAAUCGCUAGGACACGGCGCCAGCAGGCCGGGAUGCAGUGAUGGUGCACAAUUAUCCCUUGCGAGGGUUGAUUGCUGUGAAUUACCGACGUGAAACGUGGCUUCCUUCGCCGGGGGUCGCGCUGCCGACAAUCUUAGGCUGAUUACUGAGCAUCGCCGGCCAGUCGAGUCGUCCUCGCGUAUACCCAAGUUGUAGCUAGUGUUGGGCUGACCGAGUCUUUCUCGACGUCAUCUAGUGCAUAGGCUUAGUGCUUGCCAAGAAGGAGGCCAGGUCUGAUGACAAGCCAAGCGUGCCGCUAAUCAAAGGGUGAGCACGAAGCGUUGUUGCUACCCUUCUCAAAUGAUGAGACCAAUCAAAUCACGACGGUCUGCGUACACAACACGUGGCGAAAUUGCCCGACUCUAAACCCAUUUUCCGGGCAUCACUCUGAACCUCUCUAGAGCCUUCGAUGAGCAUCGUUGCGGAUGAUACGCGAGCUGACUCACGCUGCGUCGUCUUCUCAGGUGAAAAUGCGACAGAUCGAUUGAGAAGUAGAGCCAGCCUUGCUUUGCGCGUGUCAAGGUGAGACUGCACCUCCGCACGCAUCACUUCCGGCGACGAGGCAACCGAUUUGGCCAAGAAUCACAGCCUCGAUGUCAUCACUGCCGGCCGCUAAAUGCAUGGUUUCGUGCUGGCGAAUGUGGCGUCGAAUGCGAGGAUGGUGUUCACGGCUGCUAGUCACUUGUUGGUGGUACCUCGGCCGUCUCUAUGCAUGAGGAGUUCGAAUGGACUAGCCUUCCAAAGUAUCCCCUUUUCCCAUCCACUCACGGCGCCGGUGUCCUCUCCGUCGUCUUCGGAUGACGUGUAAGAUGCAACAUCGUCAGAUCAGGGGCGUCAAACCUAAGAUCACCCUUCGGGGUAGGAUUAGGAAAUGUGCGCAGCAACUACGGUAUCCCUUGUCGGCGGCGACCUAGAUCAAUAUUUGCUCUCUCAAACGGAUACGCUGCGUAUGGCAUUGUUGAUCGCAAGGCGCUUGAGCUUUCGGGCGAUGGCGACUUGCAGAUCCGGUGUUGCGGCUAUCUAGAGGAGCGGAACGUGGCCUGAUUUCAUGUCGUAGGAGGAAGUCACUAUGUGGCCAUGCCUCGGCUCGUCACAACCCAGGCACUCGACAUUCUUUCGAUGUGCCUCGCCUCCAACUCUUGCUCGCUAUUUCUUGUUCGCGAUUCAGACCUGCGCUUACGCAAUGUUGCCAUGUGUCGCUUCUGCACCUGUACUAGCAUCGCUUGCCACCAAUGAGGAUAAGACUUGUCAACACCAUCAGCACGCAAUCGCGCCUCGUCGGUCGCCGCCUGCGCUCGAUGGGCAUGUGCAGCACAGAUUCCCCCAGCUAGGGCGAUAAGACGACUGAAACCGGCUCCGAGGGGAUUGACGCGGGUCAUGCAUCUGUGUGUGGCGCGACAGCGAUGCAGAAGUAGAGCUCGACUGCUCGUCCUCGUACGUCUGCGCGAAGUAGACCGUUAUAGGCGCCAGACGAAAACGAUUGGCUAGCUUGCCCCGAAGUCGCGCGAGCCUCCUCUCGCCGUGUCUUGCUUUCGUUCUAUCGUGGCUUGUCGGACGCGGCGGAUUUCAGCAAUGCCACUGAAGGCAAAGGGCACACUCGCCACAGGGCUUCUGCGCGAAAGCGCUUGACAACGCUCCACGGUGCCCAGCUUGCGGUCGACGCUCAUCACUCUGCGCACUCUGCGCACUCUGCGCACUCAAGGGCCCGCCCAGUGCCGCCACCGGGAGUUGACCAUACUUGCGCCAGUAUGGGCGAUGUGUGCGCCGAAAAAAGCGUUCCGAUGGCAGUGGCGAAACGAACGUGCUGGGGCGAGCGGAUGCGAGCGAAAGAUGGCCUUUGGUAUUUAGUCUAGCUCUUGAACUGCCAUAUGUUAUCCCCGCAUGUCCCUUCUAAACAACCCGGCAUAGUCUGUCCUGGCUCAGCCGGUCUGAGUCGACAGCGCAAGCAUCUCGCUACGCACUUUCCAUUACUCUUCAACACUGAGCGCAGGCCGCAGAGCUUUCUUGCAAUCCUUUGUCGACAAUCCGGCGCUCGCAUGCGACAGAGCGCGCUUUCUUCGUUGGCGUUGGAGAUCACGACGUCUUACGAGUGUAGAGUCGUUCCUACUGCCCUUUUAGCCGACUCGCACUCACAGCUCUGCCUCAGGAGCUGAUCUUGCCCGUCGAUAUUUGCGAU